AUGCCAGUGCUGUCUGAAGACUCGGGUUUGCAUGAGACCCUGGCACUUCUGACCUCUCAGCUCAGGCCUGACUCCAACCACAGGGAGGAGAUGGGCUUCUUGAGGGAUGUCUUCAGUGAGAAGAGCCUCAGCUAUCUGAUGAAGAUUCACGAGAAACUCCGCUAUUAUGAGAGGCAGAGCCCGACCCCUGUCCUGCACAGUGCCAUGGCCCUCGCAGAGGAUGUAAGUCCCAGACUUUCAUACUCCUGUCUCCUUCUCUUACAGGUAAUGGAGGAGUUGCAGGCCACCUCCGUGCACAGCGAUGAGAAGGAGCUGCUGCAGCUGCUGUCCACCCCCCACCUCAGGGCUGUGCUCAUGGUACACGACACAGUUGCCCGGAAGAACUUUGAUCCUGUUCUGCCCCCUCUGCCCGAUAAUAUCGACGAGGAAUUUGAGGAGGAGUCGGUGAAGAUUGUUCGCUUGGUGAAAAAUAAGGAGCCCCUGGGUGCCACUAUCCGGAGAGAUGAGCACUCAGGGGCCGUCGUGGUGGCCAGGAUCAUGCGAGGGGGCGCGGCAGAUCGGAGCGGUCUGGUGCAUGUCGGUGACGAGCUCCGGGAGGUGAACGGGAUCGCUGUCCUGCACAAGCGUCCAGAUGAGAUCAGUCAGAUUCUGGCCCAGUCCCAGGGAUCCAUCACCCUCAAGAUCAUCCCUGCCACCCAGGAGGAAGACCGCUUCAAAGAGAGCAAGGUGUUCAUGCGUGCCCUCUUCCACUAUGACCCUCGGGAGGACCGUGCCAUCCCCUGCCAGGAGGCAGGCCUGCCCUUCCAGCGGAGGCAGGUCCUGGAGGUGGUGAGCCAGGAUGACCCCACCUGGUGGCAGGCCAAGAGAGUGGGAGACACGAACCUUCGAGCUGGCCUCAUUCCUUCCAAGCAGUUCCAGGAGAGGCGGCUGAGCUACCGGAGAACGACAGGCACCCUGCCAAGCCCCCAGAGCUUCAAAAAGCCCCCCUAUGAUCAGCCUUGUGACAAAGAGACCUGUGACUGUGAAGGGUACCCCAAAGGGCACUAUGUGGCUGGUCUUCGGAGAAGCUUCCGGCUAGGCUGCAGGGAGCGGCUGGGUGGCUCACAGGAGGCAAAGGUGGCUGCAGGAGCUGAGUCUCAGGAGCUGCUGACCUAUGAGGAGGUGGCCAGGUACCAACAGCAGCCUGGGGAGCGGCCCCGCCUGGUGGUUCUGAUUGGGUCUCUGGGAGCCCAACUGCAUGAGCUGAAGCAAAGGGUGGUGGCCGAGGACCCCCAGCACUUUGGUGUCGCAGUUCCACACACCACCAGGCCCCGCAAGAGCCAUGAGAAGGAAGGGGUGGAGUAUCACUUUGUCUCCAAGCAAGCGUUCGAAGCUGACUUGCAUCAUAACAAGUUCCUGGAACACGGUGAAUAUAAGGAGAAUCUCUAUGGGACCAGCCUGGAGGCCAUUCAGGCUGUUAUGGCCAAAAACAAAGUUUGCUUGGUGGAUGUAGAACCAGAAGCACUAAGACACCUGAGGACCCCUGAGUUUAAGCCCUAUAUUAUAUUUGUAAAACCUGCAAUUCAGGAGAAAAGGAAGACGCCGCCUGUGUCUCCAGACUCUGAGGGCACAGCAGCUCGGCUUGAUGAACAGCAGCAAGAGAUGGCCGCCUCUGCUGCCUUCAUUGAGCAGCACUAUGGGCAUCUGAUCGACGCUGUGCUCGUGAGGGAGGACCUGCAGGGCGUCUGCAGCCAGCUCAGAGCGGUCAUAGAGAAGCUGAGCAAGGACACUUAUUGGAUACCCAUCGAUUGGGUGAGGUAA